AUGCCACUAGGAGGUAGAGUUUUCAGAAGUAGGAGACAGCAGUCAGCUUAUGAAAAGUCCCUGUCGGGAAGAUAUCAAAAGCGUUUGAAUAAAAACCCAUUUCUAUAUUUUGGAUUACCCUUUUGCAGUUUAGUGGUAUUAGGUUACUAUUGGUUAUCUGGUUUCACAGCUGUGAGAUAUGAACAACAUGAUAGAAGGGUACAGGAGUUGCGUGAAGAAGAUAUCAUUAAUGUGAGGACGAAUAAGCGUCCUGUCGAUUUAAAAGAGGAAUACUAUCGUUUGCAAGGUCUUGCUGAUGAGGAUUAUGAUAUCAAGAGGUAUCCAAGGCAAGAUGGUGAGUCCGAGAAUGUGUGGUAA